CGCAGUGACUCUUGGGGCUCGGCGGAUCAUGACGGCGGCAGCAAUAGCUGCAGAGCUCCUGACUCAGCUGAAGGAUGCACUCACUUUUGAGGGCCAUGCCAAAGAUGGUGCAGAGUCUGAGUUACCAGUGGAGGUCUUGGCUGAACAUGCAGUGAACAUCAGGAAGACUCACAAGUUGAUGUAUACUCAGCUGCAAGUGAUGAAGUUCCUUCUGGAUUUUGUGUACUCUGCCCCUAGUAUCCAGGAUUUCUCUGAUGCUGCUGUUCGGAAGGAGAUGGUAGAGGCGAAACAGCAGUGGAAGGCACUCAAAGCGGAGUACCAGCAACAGGUAGAGGCUAUCAAGGAGGCUGUGCCACAUGUGCUGGCCAAAGUGGAGGAGAUGCAGAGCUGGGCUCGGCUCUUGGAGGAUGCUCUGCAGCACUAUCAGGCCAAGAAGCAGGAGAUUGAGGAAAAGGCAAGGAAUGCCAGGAACAAGUGUCUGAAGGAACAGGAGCUAUUGCUUGAGCGCCAGCAGCAGCUUGAGCAACAUGUGGCAGAGCUGCAGUACAGGUUGCAGGUACAGCGUGAGGAGCUGCACUGCCUGCAGGGGGAGCUAGAAGAACAAGAGCACCAGGCCUCUGUCUGGCAGGAGAAACUGCAGAGCAUCACUGACUUCCAGCACCUCCUGGAAACUUUGCAAGGAGUAAAAGUGACUUACGCUACAUACAAUGAGCUGGAGGUAGAGUUGAUCUCAUACUCCCAGCCUGUGGCUUCCGAUCCCCAUCACCUGAAGUUGCGCAUGCACUGGGAGGAAGAUGGCAGCAUCAGCCUGGAGAGUGGCAGUCCUUUCUUCCUUCUCUCUGCUGUUCUUCCUGUGGGUGCCUCCAGCACCAUCAGAAACUUCAUCAUGGAGUUACAGUAUAGCUACGUCCAACAAGCGCAGCUCCUGGCUGAGAUUGAGUUGCUGCAGAGCUGUUUUGCCAUUGACUGGCAGCAAGAGAAGAGGCUCCUCAGGUACCUGAAGCCAUCCGCAACUUGCUGCCUCCAUGUGGAGCCGGGGUAUCCAGCCAGCGGGAGGAUCUGCCUUCUCUCAGUGAAGAGUCAGCACGGUGCAGUUGAUGUGGCUUCCUACAGGCCCCCUCAAGAGACACCUUCACUGCAGAGCUGGCUGGUAUACCUCAGUACUGUGGACUUCAGUGCUCCUUUCCUUACCCAAACAACGGCUGCUUCCUAGACCUAUGCAGUGACAUGGGGAUUUGUGGCUGGAAUCUCUAUAUAAGCCAAUCUCUUUGCAUAUUUCUGGGGAGGGAAAUACAAUUUCAUUGAGGCAGCUGUAUUCUCAUUCUCUUCCCCCCUCGUGUGUGUGUGUGUGUGUGUGUGUGUGUG